UGGAGGAGAAGGGAUGUCCCACCAUGCACUGCAACAUUACAGGAAGCAAAGUCAAAAACUUCCAGUCUAACAACUUUUUUAGUAAUCGAUAGGAAUGGAAGUAUCUUGACAUCUUGAUUCAUACGUAAGCGAGGAAAUAGGCAGUAGUCAUCAUGAGCAAACGAAAGUCGAAGGACAUCCACUUGCCAGCUGGAGAAUGUCUUUCACAGGUGCAGAGAUUACUGAGAGAGCGUUUCUGCCAUCAGCAGCUUCCUGUAGGACCGUUUGGGUUUGAAUCGCAGCACAAACAUUUGUUGGAGCUGCUGAAGCGGACAGCUGUUCAUGGGGAGAGUAACUCCGUGCUCAUCGUGGGACCCAGGGGGGCCGGAAAAUCAAUGCUUCUCAACUGCGUGUUGAAAGAGCUGAUGGAAAUGAAUGAAGUCAAGAAGAACAUCUUGCUGGUUCAGUUGAGCGGCCUUCUACAGACGGACGACGGGAUCGCCCUGAAAGAAAUCACUCGUCAGCUGAACCUGGAGAAUGUAGUCGGCGACAAGGUUUUCGGGAGCUUUGCUGAGAACUUGGUCUUCCUCCUAGAAGCUUUGAAGAAAGGUGACCGCAGCAGCAGUCGGCCUGUGCUUUUCACCCUGGACGAGUUUGACCUCUUCGCCCACCACAAGAACCAGACGCUCCUCUACAACCUCCUUGACAUCUCUCAGUCCGCGCAGACGCCAGUGGCUGUGGUGGGACUCACCUGUCGCCUGGACGUGCUGGAGCUCCUGGAGAAAAGGGUGAAGUCCAGGUUCUCCCACAGGCAGAUCCACCUGCUCAGCGCCGUGGACUUCCAGGGCUUCCUGCGCGGCGUGGAGCUGCAGCUGCGCCUGCCGCCGGACUUCCCCGACCGCAGGUUCGCCGAGGACUGGAACGCAGGCGUCGAGGCGCUGUGUGAGGACAAGUCUGCGGAGGCGGUCCUUCGGAAGCAUUUCAACUCCAGCAAAGACUUCCGAUCUCUGCAUAUGCUGCUGAUGCUGGCAUUGAGCCGGGUGACUGUGUCCAACCCGGCCAUCAGACCCGCCGAUCUCCUGGAGGCCAGCCGACUCUGCACCUCCGACGCCAAAGCCAACGUCCUCCACGGCCUGUCCAUUCUGGAGCUGUGUCUCGUCAUCGCCAUGAAGCACUUGAACGACGUUUACGAAGGGGAGCCCUUCAACUUUCAGAUGGUCCACAACGAAUUCAAAAAGUUUUUACAAAGAAAAUCUCACUCAGUCCACAAUUUUGAGAAGCCAGUGGUUGUCAAGGCCUUUGAGCAUCUACAGGAGUUGGAGCUUAUCAAACCAAUGGAUGGGGCCUCCGUUAGAUCCCAGAAGGAAUACCAACUAGUGAAGCUAAUGCUGGACCACACCCAGAUCAUGGAGGCCCUGCAGAAAUACCCACAAUGCCCGACUGACGUCAAACAGUGGGCUACGUCUGCUUUCGGCUGAUAUGAAGCACAACUACUGCAACUGAAAUGUGUCAUUCCAUUGGGGCUGUUGUCAUUCAUCAACAUUUAUAUAAUUCAGCAAUAAUAUACUAAAAUGUGUGUAAUGAUUCUGUCACCCAUGUUUUGGUCCACUAGUUAUUUUUUAUAAUGAGAACUAUUGAAAAAAGCAACAUAAAACCAGUGUCCAAUUUCUCUGUAAAUAUACCUUUAGGGGAUGUAUAAAACUUAACUUCUAUCUACUACUGGUCACUGACAAAUUCAAUUCAAUUUCAAAAAAAGGAAUUCAAAACUUAAAAUGGAAUAAAAAAACGUUCCCGAAGA